AUCCCUGCGGCGGCUACCCUUGAGGCCCGACUGUAGGAUGGCGGAGAGACGCUUCAGCCUGUGCAGGUUUCUCAGGAAGAAGAAGAAGGAAGGCCCUGAGACUGCCCCUGCACAGCAGCCUGAGGAGGUGGAGCAGCCCCAGCCCCUGCAGGAGGAUCCAGGCCAGGACCAGACACAAGAACAGGACCGUGCCCGUGGCCGCUUCCGCAGGGCAGCACAGGCCGUUCGGAAAUUCGUGGGCAUUCGGCGUCCAAAGACCAGGAUCGCACCAGGCGAGGUCAUGGCACAGCCUGACCCCACGCCCAGUGAGCUCACGGCCAAGGCUGACGGCGCAACACCUGAGGGCGAGGCAGACACUGACAUCGCAGCCGUUCAGUGCCCGCCCAGUGCUCCUGGUCUGGACAUUCCUGGGGAGAGAGUUGUCUCUGUGGAAGUAAGCAGCCUGUGGGAAGCCAUGAAGCCAGAGAGAGACACAGAGCAGAGACCCCCCAGGGUGCCCAAGCUGGCCUGGCUGAAGGAGGGGGAGGAGGAAGGCCCUGGAGCUGCCCCAGCCCAGCAGCCUGAGGAGGUGGAGCAGUCCCAGCCCCUGCAGGAGGAUCCAGGACGGGACCGGACACAGGAGCAGGACCGCGCCCGGGGCCGCUUCUGCAGGGCAGCACAGGCCGUUCGGAAAUUCGUGGGCAUUCGGCGUCCAAAGACCAGGAUCGCACCAGGCGAGGUCAUGGCACAGCCUGACCCCACGCCCAGUGAGCUCACGGCCAAGGCUGACAGCGCAACGUCCGAGGGCGAGGCAGACACUGACAUCGCAGCCGCUCAGUGCCCGCCCAGUGCUCCUGGUCUGGACAUUCCUGGGGAGAGAGUUGUCUCUGUGGAAGUAAGCAGCCUGUGGGAAGCCAUGAAGCCAGAGAGAGACACAGAGCAGAGACCCCCCAGGGUGCCCAAGCUGGCCUGGCUGAAGGAGGGGGAGGAGGAAGGCCCUGGAGCUGCCCCAGCCCAGCAGCCUGAGGAGGUGGAGCAGUCCCAGCCCCUGCAGGAGGAUCCAGGACGGGACCGGACACAGGAGCAGGACCGCGCCCGGGGCCGCUUCUGCAGGGCAGCACAGGCCGUUCGGAAAUUCGUGGGCAUUCGGCGUCCAAAGACCAGGAUCGCACCAGGCGAGGUCAUGGCACAGCCUGACCCCACGCCCAGUGAGCUCACGGCCAAGGCUGACAGCGCAACGUCCGAGGGCGAGGCAGACACUGACAUCGCAGCCGCUCAGUGCCCGCCCAGUGCUCCUGGUCUGGACAUUCCUGGGGAGAGAGUUGUCUCUGUGGAAGUAAGCAGCCUGUGGGAAGCCAUGAAGCCAGAGAGAGACACAGAGCAGAGACCCCCCAGGGUGCCCAAGCUGGCCUGGCUGAAGGAGGGGGAGGAGGAAGGCCCUGGAGCUGCCCCAGCCCAGCAGCCUGAGGAGGUGGAGCAGUCCCAGCCCCUGCAGGAGGAUCCAGGACGGGACCGGACACAAGAACAGGACCGUGCCCGUGGCCGCUUCCGCAGGGCAGCACAGGCCGUUCGGAAAUUCGUGGGCAUUCGGCGUCCAAAGACCAGGAUCGCACCAGGCGAGGUCAUGGCACAGCCUGACCCCACGCCCAGUGAGCUCACGGCCAAGGCUGACAGCGCAACGUCCGAGGGCGAGGCAGACACUGACAUCGCAGCCGUUCAGUGCCCGCCCAGUGCUCCUGGUCUGGACAUUCCUGGGGAGAGAGUUGUCUCUGUGGAAGAAGCCAUGAAGCCAGAGAGAGACACAGAGCAGAGACCCCCCAGGGUGCCCAAGCUGGCCUGGCUGAAGGAGGGGGAGGAGGAAGGCCCUGGAGCUGCCCCAUCCCAGCAGCCUGAGGAGGUGGAGCAGCCCCAGCCCCUGCAGGAGGAUCCAGGACGGGACCGGACACAGGAGCAGGACCGCGCCCGGGGCCGCUUCUGCAGGGCAGCACAGAUGGUUUGCCAAUUCAGCAGGUGCAUUUGGAGGGAAGAGACCAUCGCCAUGGGUGCUGGGGGCAUGGCAAGCUCUGACCUCUGCAAUGCCGAGACCAGCGCUGCCCUGCUGGAUUUGCUUGUGGAGAAUGGUGUCUCCAGUGCCGAGAAAGUGCCAGCCUUCGUCAGGUACAUCCACCGGUGGUUCACGGCCAAUGUGUGUGCUGAGCGCAGACUGGACAGGACUCUUCUGGCUCUGGUCGAGGCGCACCCCGUGGAUGUGGUGGUGACUCUGCUGCGCUCUGCCCCAUGCUGUGACAGAGCUGCUGUGAGCAUGUGGAGAGCAAUCAUCUCCUUGAGAACUACUGCAGAGUCGGUGCUGACGAUCCUUGCCCUCGUCCUGGGAAGCUGGCCAGCCUGCAGCAUGCGCACCUCGGAUGGGGACGAAGCGGAAGUCUUUGCCCUGGCUGCAACCGUGGCACUCUGGAAGAUCCUCCAUCUGCUCUGCUGCACACGGGCAGUGAGGGAGUGUUUCCCCAACCUCUUUGUGCAUCUGCUCUUCCAAGUGUUCUUCAGCACAGUGCAGAUGCCGGAGGAGGUUGACACCCUGUGGAGGGAGUGCCGGAAGCAACACAGCCUUCCCACCAAGCCCAACAGGUUUGCAGUGCUGACCCUCAAAGCCCUGCUGCACCGUCUGCGCUGCGAGAGCGUGGUGGUGGCACUGGAGCGCAAGUGUGGCUGGGACACGCUCCUCAACGCCGACACCCACCACUACGCAGUGGGUCUGCUGGCCAGGGAGAUGGGCUCUUUCUGCACCCCCUGGUGUUGCAGCAUUGUGUGCUGCCUCCUGGAGCUGCUCAGCGAGGAGAUGUGUCCCUGGGAGCUCCCUGCCAUGGUGUUCCUUGUGGAGGCCCUGGUCUACCUGGACGUGAGGGAGUGCGGCGAAAGCGUCCUGCAGAUCCUUUCAAGGCACCUGUGGAGCGAGUGCCCAGAGAUGCGCCGCCAAGUGCUGAGGGGCCUGGUGGUGCUCAGCCAGGAUGCCGUGACGGCCAAAAGAAUGGGCAGCCUGACUGAAAGCCUCGUGCAGCUCCUGUGGGACGCAGAUGGAGAGCUGGUCCAGAGGACUGUCAGCGUCCUCGGCUUUCUGCUCUCCAAUAAAGACAUCCAGCUCUCCAGCCCCACCGCCCUGCAGCUGGCUGAGGCGCUGCAGCCGCUCUUCGACAACGCUGACAGCAGUGUGCAACUGUCCUCCAUCCUCCUCUUCCGUGGGGUGAUGGUGACAGGGGAGAAAGAGGGAAAAAAGGCCCUGAAGCCACACGUGCGCCAGAGCCUGCUUCCACUCUUCUUCCACUGCCACGAUGAGAACCACAGAGUGGCAGAGGCCUCUGGGGAAGCGCUGCUUUGUGUGGCCAGCUUCCUGAAGAGAAAGGACCUGCAGAAGAUUGUGAAGAGGAAGGAGCUGUGGAUGUUCAGCGAGUGCCUGCUGCAAAAGGAGCGGAGUCGAGCGGCCGAGUACCUGCGCCAGGCUUUGCCGUACCUGGAGAGCCCACAGGAGCCCCUGCGAGAGGCGGCCAUCAGGUUCAUUGGGAUGGCCGGGAGGUACCUGCGGGGACAGCCCGAAGAGCUGCAGGACAUCAUCGAGAUUCUUCAGGGUCUGAGGAACGACACCAGCCCCGCCAUCUCAAGCCUGGCGCUUCAGAGCUACCGUGUGCUCGAAGCUGCUCAGAGAGCUGCAUCCCCCCAGGUGCAGCAGCCGCCAGACUGGCUGUGCGGGGCCUGCACGAGCUGUCCUGCUCUGCGGGGCAGUUUCUGGCUGUGCUGCCUGAGCUCUGGGGAGGCUUGAUGUGGGAAGCGGUGUCUGCUGGGGCCACGUGAGCCUGCGAGGAAGACCCCUGCUGUGGAAGCACUUCCCUCUAGUCCAGCAUAGGAAUAUAAAAUUCCUCUUGCCACACA